AUGCAAUCAGUGACCUAUCCUUUUGACGAUGGGGCAAUCGGAGGGGACUUCACAGGGCAGCAGCCCCCUAGAUAUCUUCGAGGAGCGACGACGUUCCCAGGAAUCCACCCAGGGACGGCGGCGACCCCAGCAACCUCCAAGGGCCAGCACGCUAAGGAGCCCCUCUCUGUAGCCGGCGCUGCCCCCAGGACUCUGCCAUGGGUGGUGGCGGUCUCAGUAGUCCCAUUCAGGCUCCGGGGCCCCAAGGGGCAGGAGCCCCCAGGACCUUCCCAGGAUACAAUGGUGCCCCAGAGAGAACCCAGUGAUAGAAACGUCCCCAGCCACCCCAGGACCCUGCGCGUGUGGGCCCCAGGGAUCUCCCAUUGGUACUUAUACCACGCCCCCAGGGGCGUGCGACGUCCCCAGGGACCCUCCCAAGGGCGAACAUGUCCUAGGGAUUAUGCGUCGCGUCUUCCGGGACUUUCCAGGGGGCGCAACCUAGCACCUUCCCAGGGGUGUCGGCGCAUCAGUGACAUAUCGCUGGAGGUGGGGCGCCAAGGACCUCUGCUGGUGGGCGGCACUGCCCCAGACAUCUUAAUGAGGGGCGACGACGGUCCCAUGGAUUCACCCAGGAUUUGGGCAGCACCUGGGAGAGUCGCUGGUGCCCUGCUGAGCCCCUCUGGGACACUCCCAGUUAUAGAAGCUUCCCAGGACCCUCCCCAGGACCCUUCAAGUGAUGUUGGGCCCCAGGGAUCUCCCAUUGGUACUUACGGCCUCACGGCCCUUCCAGGGGCGGCGACGUCCCCAGGGAUCCUCCCAGGGCGUAGUUACGUCCCAGGGGCCCCGCAGUCAGCAGCGUGCUCCCCCAGGACUCUGCUGCCGCCAAGGGUCCCCAAAGGCCCUGGGUCUGGCGCUCUCAGGGGCCCUCCUAGGGGAAACGGCGCCAACAGGGGCCUUUGCAGGGGCGCCGACGCCUCAUUGGACCUUCUUAGGGGUCGCGGCGCCUCCAGGGACCCUUCCACGAGCGGCGGCUCCCCUAGCACCUUUCCACUGGUGUCGAUGCAAUCAGUGACCGAUCCUUUGACGAUGGGGCACCGAGAGACCCUCACAGGGGCAGCAGCCCCCCUAGAUAUCUUUCGAGGAGCGACGAUGUUCCCAGGAAUCCACCCAGGGACGGCGGCGACCCCAGCAACCUCCAAGGGGCGCCGGCAUCGCAAGGAGCCCUCUCUGGGGCCGGCGCUGCCCCAGGGACUCUGCCAUGGGUGGUGGCGGUCUCAGGAACCCAUUCAGGGGCUCCGGGGCCCCAAGGGGCAGUGGAGCCCCCAGGGACCUUCCCAGGGAUAA